CCCUUCGACGAGACUGGGGAUUAGUAGAGAGCAAUCAAAAUCACCCGUUUAAAACAAUAAUACAUCUUAACUUUCUACAAUAUAUCUGGCCCUUGCAAAUCUCCAUUUUCCCUUCCCGGUAUAGUGCUUCUUUACAUUUUGUUGUGUCUUCUUUUGCGGAGCUAUAAUGUGCAGCGAUGAGUAAAGUUGGCAGAAGUUUGGAUUCGACUCCCAUUCGACUCCGAAAAUUUCGGAACCUUCCGGAAUCGUCGGGAGUCGUCGGUUGAAAUCGACCAGAGUCGCCCGGAAUCGGAAUCUAACCGGAAUCGAAUCACAUCGAAGCUUUGCGCACCUGAGAGCACAUCACAUGACCAAUACAUUCCGCAGAGAUAUCAACUGGCAGACAAUAUGAACAUAUCCGACGAUCGUUUCGGCACAAAAAAAAACCUACCAGCGAUGCAAGAAAGGUUUUUUACUAGGAAUUGCAGUUGUCUAUGAGCGCUCGUCUGAUCCAAGCGUGAGGAAAUACGAACCAUCAACGUAUCUUUUGAAUUAUUUCCUAGCCACAAACACCACAGUACAUAUGGCUACACAUUUUUUGCUCAUCUAUCAAAUGUCAAACCGAUGACCGGCGAAGCUGCCACAUUGCAAAGUUUGUUGUUAUUUUCACUGCACGCGCCUGGCACGGCUGUCACACGGAGCACUUUUUUUCGUUCCGUUGGCAGAUUUCUCCUCCGUUCCGUUUCGGUAGUUAUUCGGUGGAAAUAAUAACAGAAACUUGUAUCGUACGGUGCAAAAUGAAGUGCCACUACGAGGUGCUCGGAGUUACGCGCACGGCCGACUCGGACGAAAUCAAGAAAUCGUACCGCAAGCUUGCUCUCCGCUGGCAUCCGGACAAAAACCUCGACAACGCAGAGGAGGCAAACCAACAGUUUCUUCUCGUACAGGCGGCGUAUGAUGUGCUUUCUGAUCCGCAGGAAAGAGCAUGGUACGAUAACCAUCGCGAACAGAUACUGCGAGGCGGACAUACCGACUAUGAAGAUAGUUCUUUGGAUGUGUUCCCUUACUUUACCGCCUCCUGCUACAAGGGCUUCGGGGACGAUCCGGGAGGGUUCUACGCCGUGUAUGCAGAAGUGUUCAAUAAGCUGGCCACGGAGGAGGUGGAAUUCCUCGACACCGAGGAAGAGUUCGACGAGAUACCCAAGUUCGGUAACUCGCAAUCCGAUUACGAAACGAUCGUGCGCCAGUUUUACGGCUACUGGGAAGGGUUCUGUACCAAGAAAAGCUACGCCUGGCUCAAUCCGCACAAUGUGGCCGAGAUUCGCGACCGUCGGAUACUGAAGGCCAUCGAGAAGGACAACAAGAAGGUGCAGCAAAAGGCGCGCAAGGAACGCAACGACGAGAUUCGCAGCUUGGUAAUGUUUGUGAAGAAGCGCGACAAACGGGUGCAGGCGUACAAGAAGCUGCUGGAGGAGCGGGCAACCCAGAAUCGGCUGAAGUCGGAACAGAAGCGGUUGGAGCAGAUACGCCGCAAUCAGCAGGAGAUCGAGGAGCAACAGCGUAACUCGACGAGCUUUUUCAACGACGCGUACGAAGAACAGUUAAGGAAACUGGAAGCAACGUAUGCCGAAGCAUCGGAGGAAGAGUCAGACGACGAGGACGGGCAGGUGAACGGGCUGGAAGACGCAAUGGCCGGCCUAAACGUUAGCCAGAACGAAAAUGGGGAGGAAAGCUUCUACGUGGACGAUCUGUACUGUGUCGCCUGCGACAAGAUGUUCACCAACCGUAGUUCGUACGAAAACCACGAAGCAUCGAAAAAACACAAGCAAAACGUCGAGCUGCUGCGCAAGGAAAUGCGCAAGGAGAUGGAGGAAAAUGAGUGUAAAGAACCGACGGUGGACCCGGAAGAGGGCAGCUUAUCGAACGACGAUGAGCUGGAAAUUGCCAACGGAACUGAUUGCGAUGAGCAGCCCGAAUCGGAAGUGCGGCAAGAGGCGAAGCCGACAAAAAGCAAGCAAAAGAAAAACAAGGGCAAAAAGAAGGCACUCAGCAGCACUACCAUACCUGUGAUAAAGUCGUCCGACGAUGAGGAGCACGAUUCUGCAACCGAGGCGGCUGAUAUGAUCGGUUUACGGCUGGGACGCGCGACAACUGCCGCACCGAGUGACGAUGAUGACGAUUGGACCGGUGGCAGCAAGAAAUCGAACCGAAAAGCAAAAACCAAGGGUAAAGCUGCUGACUCGGGCCCAAAGGGCAAAGCGGCCAAAGCACAAGCCAAAGGUGAGGCGGAGCCCUCCUCCGUGCCUGCUGCUACUGGAUCGAGCAAAGAGUCGGGCCCCGUCUCGGACGACGAGAGCACUAGCCAGUCGAGCACGGAGAACGCAUGUGUGACGUGCAAGGAGAAGUUUACCUCCAAGAAUAAGCUGUUUGAGCAUCUGAAGAAAACUGGCCACAGUGUGUACAUCGACAAGCUGAAGGCAGCGAAAGCGGUUGCGAAGGGGGCUGAUGGCGUGAAGGGUGGUGGUAAGCGAAAAGGAAAGUGAAGUAAGAACGUACCACACGCCGGCCGAAUCUGAUCUCGCUGUUGAGAAAUGGAAAUGAUGCAACAAAACUGACUCAAACCGAACCGACAUUCUUAAGUAAAGAGAGAUAGAGAGAGAGAGCUACAAAA